GACAAAAGCAGGGACACCUUGGUUCACUUCAGACUGCGCUAUCCCUCCCACCAUCAUCGCACCAUCACCCGCAACGGUGUGCAGGGGGUUUUCCGUGGCGGUGAGAGAGAGAGAGAGAGAGAGAGAGAGAGGCGACGUCGGGUUGACUGACUCGGGAUCAGCCCAUGCAGGAGGAUGGAGAUAGAGAAGAGGACGAAUGGGUUCGACUACCCGGAGACAAACAACGCCAAGUCCGUUAACGGCUUUUACAGCGACCAUCCAUUGGAGUCUGAACAGAACAACAGCAUGGAUGAUCCAGCGGACCAGCGAACUUGCCUUAUCUGUGGAGAUCGCGCCACAGGCCUGCACUAUGGCAUCAUCUCCUGCGAGGGCUGCAAGGGCUUCUUUAAGCGCAGCAUCUGCAACAAGCGCGUGUACCGCUGCAGCCGCGACAAGAACUGCGAGAUGUCGCGCAAGCAGCGCAACCGCUGCCAGUACUGCCGCCUGCUCAAGUGUCUGCAAAUGGGGAUGAACCGCAAAGCAAUCAGGGAGGAUGGCAUGCCAGGAGGGAGGAACAAAAGCAUCGGGCCUGUUCAGAUCACUGAGGAGGAGAUAGAGCGGAUCAUGUCGGGCCAGGAGUUCAAGGAGGAUGCCCCGGAGCACACCUGGGGCACCAACGGCGACAGUGACCACAGCUCUCCGAGCAACGGAGCCUCGGAGGGCAACCAGCCGUCACCUGCCUCCACCCUUUCAUCCAACCGCUCCGUGGAAAUGAACGGCUACACGGCGGCCCUCAGGGACCAAUACAUAAACACCUCCAUGUCCACACACUAUCAGCUCCUGCCUCACCUGUUCAGCUACGCGGCCCAGUCCGGCCUGCUGGCCCCCCAGCCCCGCAGCCUCUACCCACAGUCCCACCCACUGGUGCUGCAGCUGGUGGCUGCUGAAGACCUGGCCCCCCUGGCAACCCCUAUGCUCAUAGAAGACGGGUACAAAGUGACCCAGGUGGAGCUGUUUGCGCUGCUGUGCCGCCUGGCGGACGAGCUGCUCUUCCGCCAGAUCUCCUGGAUCAAGAAGCUGCCGUUCUUCUGCGAGCUCUCCAUAGAGGACUACACCUGCCUGCUCAGCUCCACCUGGCAGGAGCUCAUCCUGCUCUCCUGCCUCACCAUCUACAGCGCUCAGAUCUUCGGAGACCUGGCCGACGUCACCGCCAAGUACACGCCGUCUGACGACGAGCUGCAGGGCUUCAGCGAGGACGGCAUGGAGGUGAUGGAGAGGUUGAUAUAUCUGUUCCGCAAGUUUCACCAGUUGAAGAUCAGCAACGAGGAGUAUGCCUGUAUGAAAGCCAUCAACUUCCUCAACCAAGAUAUCAGAGGAUUGUCCAACAUCUCCCAGCUGGAGCAGCUGAACAAGCGCUACUGGUAUGUGUGUCAGGACUACGCUGAAUACAAGUACCCGCACCAGCCCAAACGCUUCCCUGAGAUCAUGAUGUGUCUCCCGGAGAUCCGCUGCAUCGCAGGGAAGCUUGUGAAUGUCCCUCUGGAGCAGCUCCCACUCUUGUUCAAAGCAGUCUUGCACUCCUGCAAAUCCAGCCUGACCAGCUACAGGACCGGCCCGUCGCCCUGCGUGACCACCUCCUCCGGAAACUAGACCGACCUCCCCAC